ACGUCAGUUUUGCGUCGAGCCUCACUUGAACUCAAUUCAAACUUUUAUUCAGAUUUGUUUCCAUAAUGAGCAGGAGUUGAGCCUCAUGGAACGCCUGGGAACAGCUUUAGCAGACGUUGAAUUUCACAUACCGCUGCUAGUUGACCUAAGCUAGCUGUGCCAUUCCGCCAGGAGCCGUUUCACUAGACUUACUUUGUGUGCCCGAAGAGGACCGACGGCAGCUGGAGGAGACGUGACGCUGUGUGAAUGUCCAGCACACACAACUGACAGCCACCAUGUCAGGUUUAACACUACAGAGUGGCAGCCUGCAGGGUCUGGUUGAAGGGGAUAUUCUGGACCCAGAGUUUCAGCAGCGUUUGGAGGAUGCUCGUACUCUGCUCAGGCAGGAAAUCCAGCGGGAGUUGAAGAUCAAGGAGGCUGCUGAGAGACUACGGAGGGCCGUCACCAAUCGCAAGAGCGCAGCUGAUGUAGAGGGCCAACUCAAAGCCUCAAACCGCAAGCUGAACAAGUUGCAUUGGGAACUGCAGGAGCUCAAUGCCAGAUCUAUGGCCACAGAGAAGGACAGCGUCACAGGUUGCUCAGAGCAGGAAGACAACCAAUCAGAGCCAUGUCAGUGGGAAGAGGCCACAUCACCAGUGGUCAGUCGAGUCAGAACCCUGAAGAAACAGCUUACCAUGGAGACCAAAGUCAAACAGGGCGCUGAGAACAUGAUCCAAAUUUACACAAACAGCUCAGUCAAGGACAGGAAGAUGAUGUCCACAGCCCAGCAGAUGUUGCAGGACAGUCGCACUAAGAUUGAGCUCCUACGCAUGCAGAUUAUCAAAAUCAGUCAAGCCAGAGACGUGGUGGAUGGCUUGCACGGUCAUCCUGUGGAGAUGAUCAGUCCUGUGGAGCUGCGGGUGGCUGACCUCAUCCACCACUUGAGAAUUGAAUCAGCUGUAGCAGAAGGAGCCAAAAAUGUGGUGAAGCAGUUGAGUGGACAUAAGGUCCAGGAUCGCCGCAUACUCGCAGAGGCCCAGGCACGAAUGCAGGAGUCAUCUCAGAAGGUGGAAUUGUUAAGUCUCUCCCUGGAGAGACGUUUAAGUGAGUUGCCUCUGGACCAUCCCAAGCAUGCUGCCAUCAAGGAGGAACUAAUGUUGAGAACCUCGCCUUCCUACGGCAUACCAAAGAAGCAAUCCAGUGCUCCUUCCUCUUGCUCUUCUUCCUUCUUCCUCAAACCAGCCAGCCUAACAGGUCGGUUGGAGGUAUGUUUGAUGGGCUGCCAAGACCUUUUAGAGUCUGUUCCAGGCCGUGGUCGUGUGACCGGUGACUCAGAUGGAAAGUCUUUGAAGGUGAGAGCCGGCCUAUCAGGACGCAGCACCAAUGGCAAGACUACCAAGGCUGAUGAGCUGUCCUCGGAAAUAAGUGCUGUGCUGAAAGUGGACAACAGGAUAGUGGGGCGCACACACUGGAGACAGCUGGGCAAAGAAGCCUGGGGGCAGAGCUUCAGCAUCGAACUGGACCGGUCCAGGGAGCUUGAAAUUGCCGUGUUCUGGAGAGACUGGCGAGCCUUAAGUGGGGUGAAGUUCCUGCGGCUGGAGGAUUUCCUGGAUAACCAUCGACAUGGCAUGUGUCUCCAGCUGGAACCUCAGGGCAUCCUCUUCAUCGAGGUGACAUUUAUCAAUCCUGUUAUUGAGCGGCGCUCCAAACUCCAGAGGCAGAGGAGAAUAUUCCCUAAAGCAAAAGGGAAGGACUUCAUGCGUGCUGCCCAGAUGAACAUGAACUUUGCCACUUGGGGUCGUUUGAUGAUGAGCAUCCUGCCUCCCUGCAGCUCCCUGGAGCCCAUGAGCCCUCCAUUAGCAGGCCCUUACAAUGGCUCCCCAUCAUCCACCACUUCUCCGGCACGAGAACCUGUGAAUCUAAACCUUGCGGAAGAACAGCCUAGCAGAUCUCCACAUCGCAUGAGAAAGAACACUAAAGACUCUCCACUGGGUCCUGCUGAGAAUAAGAGCCCAAAGCCCAAACGACAGCCCUCGGUUCAUCCACCCCCACACAGAGACGAAGGACUACAGAUGGGAGAUUUCAACUGCAUUUCAGUCCUGGGGAGAGGUCACUUUGGUAAGGUGCUGCUAGCUGAGUAUAAGAAGUCGGGCAAACUGUACGCCAUCAAAGCCCUGAAGAAAGGAGACAUUGUGACACGUGACGAAGUUGAUAGCCUCAUGUGUGAAAAGAGAAUCUUUGAAGUGAUCAACACCUCACAGCAUCCUUUCUUGGUGAACCUAUACGGCUGCUUCCAGACUUCAGACCAUGUGUGUUUUGUGAUGGCCUACUCUCCCGGAGGAGACCUCAUGACACACAUUCACACCAGCAUCUUCACUGAGAAACAGGCCUGGUUUUAUUCAUCAUGUGUGCUGCUUGGUUUGGAGUUUCUACACCAAAACAAAAUAGUUUACAGGGACCUGAAGCUGGAUAAUCUGCUAAUGGAUGCAGAUGGUUAUGUGAGGAUAGCGGACUUUGGCUUGUGCAAAGAAGGUAUGGGUCACGGGGAUCGCACCUCAACAUUCUGUGGCACACCAGAGUUUCUGGCCCCAGAGGUGCUGACAGACAACAACUACACCCGCAGUGUGGACUGGUGGGGGUUUGGGGUCCUCCUCUAUGAGAUGCUGCUGGGGGAGUCUCCAUUCCCAGGUGAUGAUGAGGAAGAGGUGUUUGACAGCAUCGUCAAUGAUGAUGUGCGCUACCCUCGCUUCCUUUCUCCUGAGUCUGUGUCACUCAUUCAAAAGCUGCUGCAGAAAAAUCCUGAGAUGAGACUUGGAGGAGGACAGGAAGAUGCUGCAGAGAUCAAAAGACACAAGUUCUUUCAGGGAAUGGACUGGGGCGCUCUCCUGGCCAAAAAGAUAAAGCCUCCCUUCCUACCGGUCAUCAAAGCACUGAAGGAUGUCAGUAACUUUGAUGAGGAGUUCACUCGCCUCAAGCCAGUCCUCACUCUCCCACGAACUCCCUGCGCCCUCACUGCCGAGCAACAAGAAAUCUUUGCCGAUUUUGACUUCUCUUACAUGAGCUGACCAGACCAGAAACUACAGUCCUGCCUUUUUCAUGUCCACACAGUUCCAUAUUUCCCAGUGUCACAUCGUCCAUGUUGCCUGGUCAUUGCAACACACCACAAAGUCUGCAGGCUGCAGCCAGGCUCAUUCUGCUGGGGAACUGACUCAUUAUGAGGCAUGCAGGGUAUUUUAGUUUUUACUUUGUUUUCUUUGUUUGUUUAUGCCAAAUUGAUUUUGAAAUGUUCCAUGCCGACUGUUUCUGUCAUCAAGCUGUAGGAUCAAAAGGCUGGACAUUUAUUGUUUACACUAAAUGAACUAUAUCACCAGUGCAAUAUUUUUACAAAUGGACAUUGCUCAGUAAUAUCAGCACUGCCCUCUGAAUCUGAACUGUAAAUAUUUGUGCUCUUAAUGAAGAAAACUGAAGGCCAAAGAAUGAAUGUACAGUCUGCUAUUUAGUGCAACCAUUAUACAUCCAUCUGUUGUAACCUUUUAUGUUGUUGGGAUAUUAUAUACUGAAAAUAGCCAAAUAGUUUAUAGAGAUUUAUCAGUCAAUAUGCCAAUUUUUAAGUAAUACUCUCAUGAAGAUUAUGCUUAUAUGAAACAAACCAGCCUAUAUGUUAAGUGUAACCUGCAUGAAGGUAAAUAUUAAUGAAUAAAUUUAUAUCUGCUGGACUUUAAAUGACCAGGAAACUC